AUGCGGUUAUAUCGGUUCCUUGUUAUUAUCGCCCUUCUCAUGGGCAUCGCCCAAUGCUUCUUCUUCGAUAUUGUGAAUUCCGUCCCAACCGACACUGUCCUGGAUCAGCCCGAGCCAGCCGUCGAAGAGUCUGUGGCCGAAGUUGAAGGCCAGAUUGAGAUUAUUCAGUCCCGCGAGUUCACCCAGAACGCCGACUACAAGUGCGGUGCCAAAUGGGGCAGAUGCCCUAUGGGCACCUGCUGCUCUGCCUCAGGUUACUGUGGCACCUCCCAGUUGCACUGCCGCUCUCCUGACUGCUUGAUUGACUGGGGCCAAUGCGAUGCCGACCGAACACCCGAGGGACCGCCCACAAAGGACAUCCUUCGCCCUAGCAUUGGUAAAGUUCCGUACGGCCCGCAGGAGAUCCGUUCCUGCACUGUUCCCGGAACAGUCGCUUUGACAUUUGAUGAUGGCCCAACUCGGUAUACUGGUGAACUUCUUGAUCUGCUCGACAAAUACGAAGCGCCAGCUACUUUCUUUGUCACCGGUGUCAAUAACGGCAAAGGCCAGAUUGAUGAUCCCAGCUUGCCUUGGGCUCCUCUCAUUGAGCGUAUGCUACUGAGUGGUCAUCAAAUCGCCAGUCACACCUGGUCACACGAGGAUCUCAGCAAAAUCACCCCGACCCAGCGCCGCGAUCAGAUGGAGAAGAACGAAGCCGCCCUGCGGAACAUUAUGGGAAGCUUCCCGACUUAUAUGCGCCCUCCUUUCUCGAAAUGUCAUGCUGGCUCUGGAUGCCGCGAGGCCAUGGGCGACAUGGGAUACCACAUUAUUCUCUAUGAUAUCGACACAGACGACUGGAAGAAUGACAGUCCGGAUCACAUUCAAUUAUCCAAAGACCUUUUUGACAACGCUCUUGCCAAGGGAAACCCUGCGACCAAGUCUUGGCUGGUCAUUGGUCAUGAUGCGCACGAGCAAACUGUCCACAACCUUACAGAGCAUAUGCUGAAAACGAUUAUUCGACUUGGGUAUCGCCCCGUCACAGUCGGCGAUUGUCUCCAAGACCCGCGCGACAAUUGGUACCGCAUUGACAACCGAUGGCCCGGCCACAAGAACAAGAAGAAGCCACCCAGGAAGGGUCCUCAAAAGGGGAUUCCACAACAGGUCUCCGUCGAUGGCAGCUGUGGCUCAAACUAUACCUGCCUCGGUUCCCACUUUGGACUAUGCUGCAGCAGCGUCUAUCUCUGUGGAAACACUACCUUGCAUUGCGGCGUCGGCUGUCGCAAAGACUCUGGAUACUGUACCGUCGAGACACCCUCCAACGGCGACCCAUGGGAUCCCAAAUUUCCAGGCAAGAGUGGCAAGUCUGAAGGCGAGUCUGAUUUUCGCGCUGUUGGCACCGCCGCUUUGACUUCGCUUCUUCUGGCUCUGAUUGCCGCCAUGUUCAUGUGA